CACAGUUAAUCCACAUCUGCUGUUUGAUUUUGAUGUUUUUUCCAUUUAAGUAAAUUUGGAUGUAAUUGCAUCAAAUGGAUUUUUCGGGUUGAGACGUCCUGUUAGUUUUCUCUUAAUGAAGCUCCUCCUGUUGUUUACAGGUGCCACCGUUUGCUUGGUGCUCACAGGCUGGAGGUCAGAGUUGACCCUCCUCUGUAUUUACGGCCUGUACCGGUGCUGAUGGGCAGAGAACAGGUUGAGGCUGAGGACGGGAUGAGCAGCUUCCCAGCUGACAAGUGCAUAUCGGACAAAAGCGCAGCGGAGCGGGUGGCGAGCAUCCGCAUCCUCAUCCUUACCGAGUGAGGAAAGAAUUUUUUUUUCUAUCCUUUUUUCUCCCCUCUAAAUUUCCUGCACAGCUGCUUGGCGACAGGAAAUGUAUAUCCGUGUUAUCUCCUGAGGGGGGGAGGACAGAAGCAUUGCUGGAACUACUGCCUGAGCUGAUUCGCCGGGAGGACUGGGAAGAUUUCGGAGCAGAAACACGUUUCUGUCGGAGCUGGCAGCUCAAGCUCUCCGCUCCGUCGCCACAACGUCCACAGCGCUGGACACAAGUCUGUUGCUCCGAGACGUGCGCAUCGGUUUCCGCGUCUGGAACCUGACUGAGAGGUGCUUUUUUUGUGCAGAAGAGAGAAGAAUAAACUCGUUGCCAAAUUGCACACGCGGUUUAUUGUGCGCGCUGCUGCCUGCAAGUUGGGAGCGAAGCGCACCGCUGGAAGUUUAUGCGCCUCGGACAGACCCGCAGCAGCUCCUUACAGGUGCAGCAGGUGGACAGCCGAAUGGACUGAAGAAAAGAGCGACAGGGGUUCAGAAGUGAGGAGGAGGGAUUUGGAGAGGAAAUCAGUCACAGGACGAGAAUCACAGCCCAGAGAGAGCAGGAAGGGGGAGCUGAAAGAAAGUGAAAUAAUCCAGUGGUGAACGCCUCAGUAGAGUGUCAGUAGCAAAAGGGAGGGAGUUGGAUGCCCAGCAUGCCGGUAGCAUGGAAAGGGUGAGGGAGCAGCGGCCUUUCUGCUCGCUGUCCAAGAGCCAGAGGGAGCGGGACAGAGACUGCGAGCGAGACAAGGAUCGGGAGCGGCGCUACACAGCUUCCUCCACGGACCGGGACAACGGAGCCUGUCGUGUUCCCACUCAGAAAUCGUACAGUUCCAGCGAGACCCUGCAGGCCUUCGACCAUGACCCCUCACGGAUGCUGUUUGGAGGCAGAGUCAAGGAGAUGGUCCACAAGGAGACAGCAGAAUACACCAGGCCUGGACAGACAUUUUCAUUGAGGCAGCUCGGGAUUUGUGAGCCAGCAGCUCGCAGAGGCUUGGCUCUCUGCCCUGAGACUGGCCUGUCCCACCCUCUCAGCAGCUACACCCGGGGGCCGGCCGCCACAGAAAACCAUGAACCUGUAUCACCGGAACGUACCAUGACUCUUUGGGGAACGGGGGCAAAAUCUGGGCAGAAUUCAUGCCUCUCCAGCCGUUCCAAUUCGGCGCUCACGCUCACUGACACGGAAAUGGACAAUAAAUCGGACACUGAGAUGGGUGACAAUCUGACUAGUCAACAGGCCCCGCCUCCCAUCCCACCUGCCCCGCCCCCACAUAAGCAGCACCCGUCCAUCACCUCCCUGAGCCGCAGCUCACUGGCCAACCAGCGGAGCCCGAGUCCACCACCCACAGCCGGCCUGGCGGCUGACUUGCAGAGCACGGCGGAAUGCGUCCAGCUGCAGGACAGCUGGGUGCUGGGCAGCAAUGUGGCCCUGGAGAGCAGGCACUUUCUAUUUAAAACGGGGACGGGAACCACACCGUUCUUUGGCGCCACAGCUCCCGGUUACACCAUGGCAACAGGAACCGUUUACUCCACGCCUGCACGCCCUUUGCCCAGAAACACUCUGUCCAGGGGGGCUUUCAAGUUCAAGAAGUCACCUAAACACUGUUCCUGGAAAUGCACUGCCCUGAUCGCCGUGGCCGUAGCCGUAGUGCUCUCCAUCAUUCUCUGCUACUGCAUAGGUAAGGCUCAGAGGAGAUUACAGCAGCUGUAACAUUUGGCAAAAGUU